AUGGAUACUUUAAAAAAAGCAAAAAAGGAAUUUCAAAAGCGUUUGGUGCUGCCAAUAGUAGAUUCUUUAAACAAAAAAUCUCUUCCUAUAGUUACCAAUGAAAACUCAAAUAAUUUUACAAUAAUCGCUGCAUUAUCAAAUUUAAAUCUGUAUGACACAAAACAGAAUAUAAAAACAAAAGAAGAAAAUUUUGAAUCUUGCCAUGAUCUAUUACUUAAUGGAUACAAUAAUAAAUUACAAAAACAAAUUCCGUUCAAUCUAAGUCGAGUUGAUCAAUUUAAAAUUGAAAUUUAUAAAGAUGUUACAUAUCUUUUAAAACUGUACGGAAUCACUAAUGAUGACAGUAGAAAUAACAAAAAGCGUAAUAAAAGGAUUGAAUCUUCAAAUGAUAAUAAUAUUAUGUCGUCGUAUGUAAAUGAUGUAUUUUGCCAAAUAUUGGAUAUUAAUAAUAUUAAUUGCAAUGAUCCAGGCAAAAUAUAUAAUAAAAUUCGAGAAGAUUUCUCUGCAAAAUUUGCCCUUGAGAUCUAUGCUGCACUUAUACAAAUUUUAGUGAGACAUGAAACUUCAUCAUCUUGCUUUUAUCAAUGGUCCGAAAAGUUUAGUUCUGAAGCAGAAACAAUUUUAACACUUUAUGCUGAAUACCAAUCUAUUAGUGAACCUUACAUAUCAUACGCAAAAUGGAUAGCAUAUACAGAAAUCAAUGAGUAUGCUGUGUUAAAUCAUGGUCUAUUUGAAAAUAUUCUUGAUAAUUUGAUUUAUAAACCCAAAAAUCAUUUGAAGAACAAAACUGCUAAGAAACUGAAAUCAAAAAUUCUAAAACAAUUUAAAAAUAAACCUUGUUCAAAAAAGUCGCAAGAUUUAUGCUUACAUGUUCUUAAAUUACCACAAAACUUUGCUAAAGAAGACGAAAAGAAUUCUUAUGAAAUCAGCAAAGAAGCAAACCAAAAUGAAGAAAUUCUAACAAUUUUCUGGGAUUCAACUAAAGUUUUAAUAAAAAGCUUUCUAAAUUUCGUUCACGAACUUCAUCUUACUUCAGCAGACGGAAACUCAAAUAAAAAUGUGGAAAUUUUAGAGAAAUUUUUCCUUAUAAUGAAAAGGCUUUUUAAAAUACAUCCAAAUCAAUUAAAAGAAAUUGAUUUCGAGAGUAAUUUGAAAGAAGCUUUGACUGAUGGAACUGUUGAUUAUUUUAUUCAAAACAUUAAUCAUAAAUUAUUAGCACAAGUGAAUAAAACUAUUGAGAGAAUAAGCGAACUGGUUAAUAUAUUGAAAAAAUCAGUGGAUUAUAUUAUCAAAUUUGAUGACAAAUUCGGCUUCACGUUUAAAUUAUGCUACAAUUUGUUCAUACCUGAAAUAUUAUUCCAUGCAUACGACUCACAUCUUGUUAAUCUAAUUCAUCCAGUAAUAUCAGAUACUUAUAAUAUGUUUGAAGAUGAAUUUAAAAUACAAAAUAAUGAAGAAUUGUUAUCAAAAGUUUUGGAACUCUAUCAUGAGAUUAGCAAUUACCUGAAGAAAUCAAGAGAUAUUUAUCAAGUACAUAACCUUAAAUUACUCGACUACAGUCAAGAUUGGUUUUUAGCAGGUUUCGAUACAUGGCGUGAAGCUUCGAACAUGAAAGUCAUAUUUCGAAUUAAAACAUCCAUUGAUGUUGAUAAAUUAAAGCCGGAAUUCGACAACACUCCAUAUUCAUCCUCUGCAAUUGACACUAUUCAAAUACUUUAUUCGACGAAAACAUUUUGGGAAAACUUGGAGUUAUUAGAUAAAAGAGUAACAUUUUUGAAGGAAGUAGCUUAUGAUCUGUGCUGUUCAGUUGUCUUGUACAUCGAGAAAUUUGUUGAAAAAAUUAUAAAUUCAAGUGAAAAUGAAAAAAAUAUCCAUAAAUUACCAGCUAUCUUACGACUAGUCACUUCAAAUCAGAAUUUUGUAUUGGAAAAUUUCAAAAAUUUAAUUAAAGAAUUUUGUUGUGUUGCUAAAUUUGACGAGGAAGAAACUCAAAGGCAUAUCAAGAAAAUAGAAUUAUCAAUAAAUGAAGAAAUUUCUGAUUAUUUUGCUAUUGAAAUGAAAAAGUUUUGUCCAUUAAUAAAACAAGCUGUGAUUCCAAAUUGUCCUGAUGAACAAGAAAAAAUACAAGAGAUUGAAAAUAUAAUCAUUAUUAUGCAAAGUGACUUAUCAGCAUCAAAUUUUCAAGAGAUUGAACAAAUUUUAUGGAAUAGGAUUUUAGAAACAUUUUCAGAAAUUAUUCAGAAAUCAAUAAAUGAAAAAAUGGUUCCAGAAAUUUUCUCUAAUCUCUUAAAAACUUUCAAGAAACUAAACCAAAUAAUUAGUUCUAAAAAUGAUAUAAAGCUUCAAGAAAGAAUUGAUCAAACUUUAUACAAAUUACAGUGCUAUGGACAAGAAACAGAUGAAUUAAUUCUUCAGUAUUACAAAGAUCGAUAUAAAAUUCAGAAAGAUAUUAGUAAUGAGUCACCAAUUCAAAAUAGUUUUCUAACCAUUUACUGCUGCUUUAUCGACGACACAAUAAAGAUAGAAAUUUUAAAUGCAAGAAAUCUACCUACGAAUGAAUUGAACAAAAAAUGUGAUUCCUAUGUCAAAGUUCAAUUUGUUCCGCAACAAAAGUUUCCACAUUUUCAAAGUUUCAAAACAAAGGUUCAGCACAACACAAUUUUUCCAUUAUAUGAUGAAACCUUCCAAAAACCUUUAACAAAAGAACAACGAAAUUUGAAGAAUGCAAUUGUAUACUUUGCUAUUAAAGAAAAGAGUCUAAUUGCAAGUGAUGUACGUUUAGCUGAAGCAUUUUUAUCAUUUGAAGAUAUUCCACAAGUAACAAGCUAUGAAAAACUGCAACAAACUCGUUUAACAUUGACAAAAUUAAGAAAUUAUGAUAUCGAGUCACUGAAAGCAAUUCAAUAUAGAAGUCAAAUGGGAGAUGUGCAAGCUAUGGAAUUUUUAGCCAAAAUAGGCAUACUUCCAAGAGCAUCCAUAAAGAUCAAACAAAUUUAUUUAAAUAUCAAGGAUCUAAACAUCAGAUUGAGUCCUAAUCAUUAACAAAUAUUUUUGAAAAGUCUGUAAUCUAUGAAAUAGUCAAAUUAGAAUUAAUGGGCUUUUGGAUGGUUCUUUUGCUGAAAAAGUUGAAAAAAAGUAACAAGUGACUCACACAUUUUACAUACGAGGUCCUAAUCUCUUCAACUCAGUGCCACAAGACAUUAAGAAAUUUAAUUCAAUAAGCAUUUUCAAAAACCGUAUUAGGAAACAUUUU